CGUAAUAUCUCGUGUGUAGUUUAUAAUACACACGCAUCGCAGCAGCAGUCGAGCUCGUCGUGCUUCUCGUCGUCGUGCCCGAAAACAAGCCAUGAACAACGAGGAACGCAGCGACGAGGAGGCGAUCGUCGACAUGUGGUACUCGCAGUGGGAAGAGCAGAGCGUGCAGAGCAUCGAGAGCGAGCCCGAUUACGAGACCCAGCUGCACAACGAGCGCGAGUUCUACACGGGCCAGCUCUGGACGACCUUUCAGACCUCGGCCACUGCCAUAUCACAGCUGUAUAAAGCAAAAACUUGUUUUACAGAUCGCACACAAGGAACCUCGUAUUGGACUCCCUUUCAAACUGCGGCUGGGACGGUCACGUCGUUGUACAAAGAGUCCACCAAUGCGAUGCGGCGUAUGAACGAAUUGGCACUCGAAGCCGGCAGACAAAAACGCAGCAAAGAAAUUAUGAACUGGGCGAGGAAAAAGCGACGAAUGAUUCGUCGUGAAGAUUUAUUGGCAUUUAUUGCGGGUAGGCCGCAGCCCACGGCGAGGCUUCCACACAGGAGUUCGCCAAGACCGCGCAUGAUGAGCGGAUCUCCACCGUCUCAAGGCGCAGCUCAGAGUAUGGUGAUAUCCUCCACGCCGCCGCCAUCGGUCGAUCCAGAAUCAGAGCUCCACACAUUCAGAGAAGCCAUAUCCGGCUCUCCCAUGUCGAGGCGCAGCGGAAGAUCAACCGAACUGUCGACCUUCAUCAACAGCGAGCUCGCGCGGCACUGUAAACGGCCGGCUAGCCACGACGUGGACAUGGGCUCGCCCACGCACAAACGCCACAAAUUCAUGUAACAAUGCGCCGUGCCUGCUCAGCUGCUGGGCGUGCGAGCCCCGUCACCACAAGGUAGCGUUGGCGUUGGAGGUGGCGGCGGCACCAAGCAGAGCAUGAGUAACAGUCAUCAUCAGCAGCAGUCUGUGUCGAACCACCACCAUCAUCAUCAUCACCACCACCACCACCACCAGCAGUUGCAGCAGUCGACGCUCUUCUACCUCUCUUUCCCGGUGAUCGAUCAAUUGGCUCGGUCGUUUGCAUCUUCUCUCUGAGAAACAAAAAACAAAUUAUCUUUUUCUAUUGUAUGACCGUUUAUACGUUCGAAUAAUCGCGCACAUACAUUAUUUAUAUUAUAUAUGUAAUAAUACGCGAGAGAUGGAAACUCGCGCGUAUACACUGUAUAACCCACACACGUACCCCCGAACACAUUCGAUGUCGUUCCUCUCGCGCGCGCGCGCGCUCUUGUGUGCGUGCGUGUGUCUUUUUUCCCCCCUCGAGGCGCGCUAUUCAUGUGUAACACAUCGAUAACCAAAGAACUUAUACAAUUUAUAUUCAUAAUUUACUCCAUUCACAUUGCCUCGAAUAUAUUUUGAUAAGAUUGAUGAUGGAGUAAUUUCCGAAAGCAAAUUGCAAAGUUAUAUCGACUCGAUCACGGUCAACGUAACAAAAAAAGUGCCGAUAAAAGUAAAUAAUUCGUUAUAACCGCGUUUGUGUCAAAAAAAAAAAAAAAUUAUAUUUUCGUAAACGAAUCGAGAGCUGUGAUGCGUCCACAUUACAAGAAUCAACCUUUCAAAAAUGGUGCAGAAAAAGCGUGUCGUCGCUUUUUAGCGUAUAUUAUAAAGAAAGAAAAAAGUUAUAGAGCAAUCGAAUGAACAAGGGUAGAAAAAAUAAUCAUUAUUCUCUACGAAAGAAAAAAAGGUUUAACAAACAAAAUUAACGUUCCUUCAUAUCGAGCUGUUGAUUUUACGUUACAGUUUAAAUUUUAUAGCUAGAAAAAGAAGAAGAAAAAAAAAGCGAUAAACAAUAGGUAAAAUACUGUCCUUGCUCAUUUUUGUUUCAUGUUACUAUAGUAAAUGAGUUUAUUUGUUUUGGGGGAAAUUCGCGAGUGAAAUUAUGAAUUAUCACGAUCGCUCAGAUUGUUGUGCGCGAUUUUCCUCUGGACGAACACACUCCGAUAGUAAAUUGUAAUAUAACGAAAUACAAUUGAUUGUAAUAUAUUAUAUUAUAAUAUAAAAUAUGCCGUUAUAUAUUAUAAAUUAUAAUGUAAUAUAUUCUUACAUGUCAGAUUAAAAAAUUAUUUUUGCAAUAUUCUAUUACCAAUCAUAAACGUGAUGACCUCCCAUAGGGAAAGAAGUUGUUAGAGGAAUAUGGUUCUAAUAAAUUUUUCAUGCCCUUGCGAGAAAAUUUGACAAACUUAAGAAACAGUCUAUUGUUAAGUUGAAUAAGCAUAAAUUUUAUAAUGUAAAGAUCCUGUUAGACUUUUACAUUAUUUAGAAUCAAAAUUAUCAAAUUUUUUCGUGACGGUCUAUGAAACUUUUUUUGAACGAAGGCCAUCUACUAAAAGAUUUCGGAAUAUUGUCUGUUAAGACAAUGAAAUGAUACUUUGACAUAAAUUCUUGAUCCACGAAAUAGUAUAAUCGAUUGUAAUAGAGAAUCAAAAAUGCUUUAAUAAUUACAAAUUUAGCUGUCCCAUUUUUUUCACGUUGUCUCACGUCAUAUGUGCAAUCUUAGUAGGAAUUGAAAAAACAGUUAGAGUGAAUGUUAUUGCGUUAGAAAAUUUCAAUCAAGGACAGUUUUCAUCUAACUAUUAGUGGUAAUAAUCUGCAUGUAUAAUUUUUGCAUUAUAAUACGAAAUGCAAGUGUUUAUAAUUAAUAUUUAACUUUUGCCGAAAACUUAAAAUUAAAGAGUCAUUGUAUCUCUUUUGAAGAAUUUAAUCUUGUAAUUAUGUACAUGAUAAAAAAUAGGUGUACGUAAGUUAUAUAUGAAUACUAUAAUUGUAUGUAGGUUAUAUAUAAAAUAUAUGUAAUAUGAAAUUAUUCUGUAAAUUUAUCGAAUGUAGGUAAUCUUGUAAAUCGAAGGAAAGGAGCCUAGGCGAACAAAAUUCCCUGGAACAUCAUUAUUAAUCUUUUGAAAACGAGAUAUGUUUCAAUGAUACACAACUGUAUUUAUAAAUAUAAAAAAAAAUCAAAAGAUUAACUUGACAUGAAAACAGUUGCAAACGUUUUUUUAUUCUGAUCGCUCGUGCAAAUUGUAAGGGUGACCGGGAAAAAUUGAUUGUUCAUAAAAAUUCAAAUGAGCUGUUACAUGUAGGUUUUAUUGAAUAAACUUUAGCAUUGUGAUGCUAAGUAAUUGGGAUGGAUUAGCCUUGAUGUUAUUGAAACGUUGUCAUUUACGUAGAACUUGUAGGCAAGCUAUCUUUUCAUUGAUAAAAUAUGUAUAAAAUAGGCUUACAUUUACGUUUACAAAUAUUAAAAACUAGUGAUAUGAACAUCUGAUUAAAUUUGUGCAUUUUUAGAUCUGAUGCCAGUGUUACUAAUGUGUAUAGUAAAAUUAAAUUUCGCAAGCUUCGGCGCAGUUUUUCCGAUUGUAAAGACUUUUUGUGACAUCUUAGUAGCAACUAAAGCUUCUGCAAUAAAUAUGUUAUAUCUUGAGAAAAUACUCAAUUUCUGAAAUGAUAGAGCAUUUGAUACAGAAAUUUUAUAACGAAUACAAAUGGUUUUUACAAUCAUUGAUCUAGACAGAAAUGGCGACGAUGUACACUCAUUCAUAUUUGUAGUACUACAAUAGUUGUUAAGAGUCAUUUGCUAGCUCCCGAAACGAGUAAUUUCUCUUUUUUGCAGAGAGAUGUACUGUUAUAAUUCAUUUUUUUUUAAACACUACUUUGCAAAUUCAUCGAGGAGUUCGAGGGUGAAUGGAAAAAAACAUUUUUUCUCACUUUCUCAUUAGCAAAUGAUCCGUAAAAUAGCAAUUUUUUCGCCUUAAUUGCGUUUAAAGGAGGUGUAACAUCGAGAAAAUUAAUUAAUUUUUAAAAAUUAGGGAAAAAACAAACUUAUUCUAGAGUUGAGAGAUUUAUUUACUUUUAACCAGACUGUGAAAAAAAAAAUUUUAUUUUUAUUAUUCUAUUUUAGGGAUUACGAAAAUUAUUUUCGAAUAAUUGUAUCCUUAAUGUAAGCGGUGAUUUUACGAAUGUGAUAUUUUUAAAUUGUGUUAUAUGCAACCCUCCUUUUCUCACAAUUAUAUCUCCACGCAACCGUAGUGUCAAAAAAAAGUUGAAGUCAAUAGAUAGAAUUUACAAUGAACUAUGUUAUUUUUAUUUUAAGCUGUUUUUCUUGCUAUAAGAUGAGUGAAUUAGGUGUAAAAAUAAUAAAAUAUUAACCAAACAAUA